AUGUCUUCUGAUAAACUCGGUCAAUCUCUCGAUGAGAUCCUUGCUACUCAAAGAGCAUCAGGCACUGGACGUGGUGGACGUGGCGGCGGUCGUCGUGGUGGACGUGCUCCAGGUGGUCGCAACGCCACUGCAGCUCCAGUCGGAGGUGUAUCCAAGAGCAAGAAGCCAGUUAAGGGUGCAGUAAAGCCUGCUCCAGCUGGUCCCUCGGGAGGAAACGCCCCAUCUCGUAUUGUGGUUAGCAACUUGCCAUAUGAUGUGACAGAACAACAGAUUAAGGAAUACUUUCACGAAGCCAAAUUGCACACCAAGAUCGUUCAACUAGUUUAUGGUCCAAAUGGAACUAGCCGUGGCGAAGCCAAUAUCACCUUCCAUCGUCAAGGUGAUGCUGCCGCUGCUGUAUCCAAGCUUAACGGUGUCAAGGUUGACAACAGAUCAUUGAGGGUUCAACUUCUCGUUGAUGCCGAGGCCGCCAGCAUUAUGGAGGAGAAGCUUGCUAAGAGACUUACGGACCGAAUUACAAGCGCGCCAAAAUCGCAACCAAAAUCUGCUGUUUUUUCAAACAAGCCAAACAGCAAGGAUCAAGCUGGGAAGCGAGGAGGAAAGAGAGGCUCCCGUGGUGGUGCCGGUGCCACUAAUGCUCGCCCAGCUAAGAAGAAGACUGCUGAAGAACUCGAUUUGGAGAUGGCCGAUUACUGGGAGAGCGGAAACGCCGCGAAUGCAGAGACCGGUACCGAUGCUCAAGCUACAAAUGCUGCUGCUGAGCCAGCUACCAAUGGAGACGCAAACAUGGAUGACGAGAUCUUGUAA